CAGCACAGCCCGCGUCCCUCCAGCCCAGAGGAGACAGGACCGCGCGGACAGACCAAGUGCAGGGUGGGACGAGUAUCCAGGAAGUGUGACAGCGCGGUGGGACGCGACGGGGCCGGACAGGUGCCACACCGGGCUCAGGUUUAUGACCUCAGGUGACCUCUGACGGGCAGCAAGCACAAAGGACAGUCGGCUUCAGUUUAUGGACUGGAGGUGGCAAUGUCUCCAGGAGAGGACGGCCUAAUUGGGAUCCCCUUCCCGGAGCACAGCAACGAGCUCUUGUCCCACCUCAAUGACCAGAGACGCACCGGACUGCUCUGCGACCUCACGCUGACCUCUCAUGGGGCGCGUUACCCCACCCACCGCUCCGUCAUGGCGGCCGUCAGCGUCUACUUCCGACACUUGUUUGGGACAGAGGCAGGUGGAGGAGAGGGAGGGGGCUUCACUGUGUGCCAGUUGGACUGCGUUGCACCUGAUGCCCUGGAUGCCUUGCUGGAGUUCGCGUACACAGCCACCCUCACCAUCCCCAGCUCUGGUAUGAGAGACGUGCUGCGAGGGGCUCAGCUUCUGGGGAUCCAGUGUGUAGCAGAUGCCUGUAGGGAGAUACUGGGAGAGACGGAGGAAACUGAAACGCCCAUAGAGGUCCAGCAAACUACUCCCAAGAAGACACUACAAAUCGAGCGUGUAGACAGGGUGUCCAGAAGAAAGACAGACAAAAACAAAGUGAAGAAAAUUGGUUCAAAUCAUACCUCUCUUUUCUCCCCCGCUUCACCCAUGUCCCAUCCAUCUCCCGCGUCCGACAGCCUGCGCUCGCUCCCUUCUACUCAACCUCCCAGCCCAGAAAAAGACGAGUUUCACCUGAAGUUUAGGCUAAACGGUGAACACACACCCAUCCAGGACCACGAAGCUGCAGUCAACGGUGUGUUACCUCACUGGCUCCAGGAUCGCUCGCACAGCCGCCCCUCCUCUGUCCCGCGGUCCAUCGACAAGCUCUCCGAAGAGGAAGAUAUAGAAGGCUUCGUGGAGGAUGGGGUCUUGAUGAAAAAUACCUCCGUGCCCACAUCUGUCACUCAUCAAGAGGUUAUGGCAGCGGCGGCAGCAGCAGCAGCAGCAGGAGGGGGCAGGAAGAGGAAGUCACAGACGCCCCAGCAGUGUCCUGUGUGCAAGAAGAUCAUCCACGGAGCGGGGAAAUUGCCCCGGCACAUGCGCACACACACAGGAGAGAAGCCCUUUCAGUGCACGGCCUGUGGGGUCCGCUUCACAAGAAAUGAUAAGCUGAAAAUCCACAUGAGGAAGCACACAGGAGAGCGUCCAUACCCCUGCCCCCACUGCACCGCCCGCUUCCUGCACUCGUACGACCUGAAGAACCACCUGUCUCUGCACAGCGGGGCGCGGCCUUUCGAAUGCCCGCUCUGCCACAAAGCCUUCGCCCGAGAAGACCACCUCCAACGCCACAGAAAGGGCCACAGCUGUUUGGAGAUACGCACACGACGACCCCGACGAGGCCCCGACACGGUAGACGAGCCCAACCUGGACGGGAAAGAGCAGUCCAUGUCCGUCCAGUCUAUGCAGGGACACUCUUCGGGAUUCCUGGCACUUCGGGAGAGCGGGAAAAGUGGGAAUAGCUCCGGCUCUGGUCCGUCUCCGCUCCAAUUGUUCCAGGAUGACAAUGAAAGAGAGCGCACAAUAGCACUGCAGGCUCUGGCUCAGCUAGCACCCCAUCGGCUCGCAGCCCACAACUCCCUGCUCCUGCGCAGUCUGGAGCUCCAGUCAGGGAGAGCCCACCCUCUGAUCUCACACCAGGGGCCAUGGGGGGACCACCUGGACGAAGAUAUAGCAGAUGAAGAUGCAGAGGAAGAAUGAAGUGUGUGUGCGUUUGUGGUAAAAAAUCCACGUUAAAAAAAAUCUCACUCAGGUGGUUGGACUUGUAAUGUGCUGCUUCUAAAAGUCAUGCUUUAAAAAGAUGUAAAAAGAGAAAUAUGGAAAACGGGUUUAUGGUUGAUUUUACAUGUUUGUCUUCUGGCUUUUUCUUUCCUUCUUUCUGUUUGUCGGUUUAUUUUAUGUAUACCGAGUUUAUUUUUAAAGUACGCGAGUGAAGAAUGUAUAUUACUGGGAUCAUUUUUACUAUGCAAUAUAAUCUGUUGAGUUUCAUUAUAGCUUUAUGGUACAAAUGUAGUUAUGCAACCUUGAUUCAGGUGCGUUUUCACACCACUACCGUCCUCUGGUGCUGACAAGUGGAAAUGCAAAUAAAUUAAUGAAACUCACAUUGUUAGCAAUAAAAUCCUUUUUGUCUUUCUGGUUGGAGACAAAGAUCUUGAUUUGGUGUUGAACCAAAGAUAUAAGUUUAACUUCUCAUUUAAGUAACAGAAGAGGAGAGGUAGUAGCCAAAGUUGGGUCGUUCCAGCUGUGAAAGCCACGUGAGAAAGAAUCUGCUUCCAUAUUUAUGUUUCAGGGCCCAGAGGCUCUGUGUCGAAUGCCUGACCGAAAAUGACAGAGUCUAGGUCGACACAAUGAAGAUGAAUUAGUUUUAUCUUGUAGCGCUCCUCCUUUUGUGAUCAACCAGCCCCUUUUACUGUAUUUAUUUUUAUUUAUUGUUAUUUAUUGCUUUUGUUCUGGUCUAAUCCUGGGCAGGACACGGUGAACACAUCACUGCCUUGGCUGGUCUAUGUUAAAACCCAUCACCAACAUUUUGCCCCACUUUAAUUUUGGUACCAAAUUAUAAUUCUUUCUCCAAUGCAUUCUUUGCACAUCGGGGUUCAGCUUGAGCACAUUCCAUACAGCAGGAAACACAAAGUCCUCCUGCUUUCCUCUUAUUGCAUCUGUUGUACUGUAUCACAUCUAUUUGAGGGGCCAUUACUGAUGUCUUCCCUUUACGACCAAAACAACUAGGGCUGUGGUUGACUAAAGACAUGUCCUGCCGAUCGAUUAGUUGUCUAAAAAAAGGGGCGUGGCAAAAGCUUUCAAAACUAUUAAGUACCUCUAUGUAUCUGACCCAAACUGCACUCACAAGACUACACCUGCACAGGAAUUCAUGCAAAAACUACUACUAUUUAUUAGACCUGUCACGAUAACGCAUUAUAUUGCUGCAGAGACAUAUCAUGAUAAAUACAGUAUCAUUGAAAAGCCUCAAAUCUUAACCUGUUACAUAAAGAUCACAGAAAUCUCUCUACUAUUGCAACAAAAAUAUACACAUGAUAAAGACUGAGCCCCAAAACAAACUGUUCCAGGUUUGAUUUAUUGAACAAUAAGUCGAUGUAGUAAUUACCGUGACAUGCCUGUGAUUUAUUCCGAAAAAAAAGUACUAGGAAACUAUGUACGGAUAUAAACAGAUUCAACUUGUGAGUCAGUUUGAUCUGCUUUUUUUUACUAAAUACCAAAAAAUACCAAAUCUUCAGCUCACUCACUCACUAACUUCUCCUUUCUGCUGUUGUUCCAUAGAAAUCUUUAUAAUUUAAAUAGAACGAUUAUUUGGCUAAUACAAAAUUUGAUCGUGUAAGUCUCGAAUGACCAAAGGACUACAGCCCUAAAAAAACAACACUUCAUAUUAUUUUUACAUUUAAAUAAUAACACAUUAAAGGGCCCAUAUUACACCGUUUUAAUGUUGUUUCCUCAUCACAAACAGACCUGUGUUGUGUUUUGUUUAAUUUACACAUGUUUAACACACAAACUCAGAGUUCUUCUGUCAAUCUGAAAACACUCUGUUCCACUUUGUGAUGUCGUGUGGUAAAACAGGAAGUGCUCCACUGUGUUUUUAAACUCUAUUCACCUUCACUAGAAUCAUACGGAUGAUCAAUGAUGGAUGGACAAUAGGUAAAGGGAGCUGUUAACUUGAAAACUACCACUUCAUGACAUCACAAGGUGGAAUAGAGCAUUUUGAGCUUUGGAGAUGUAGACAGACUAGUAAUAAAAGGAUUACUCAUAACAUGCAUAAAUGAAACAAAACACAAUUUCAGGUAUUUUUUGAGAGGGUAACAGCAUUGUAACAUAGCUCAAAGCUCAACAAGAGUCGACUUAUAUAGGACCUUUAAUUAUUACACUGUUAUGCAAAUAAAUAUAAUAUAUUUUUCACUCCUGUCCAUCGGGUAAAACUGGUUAAAUCUGGUCUUGCUUUCUUCACCAUCUGCUUAUUUGCACUAUGAGAUUGGAGCUUUCUGCCUUUCAUAGUAUAUUUUAUUAACUUGGUACCAUUGAAGACUGUGAGUUUAAAAGAGAACUUAAUAUAAAAAAUGCUGUCCACAUUUAGUACAGAGUAAAAACUAUGUAUAUUCCAAUAACGAUGCCUUAGAUUUUUUUGUUGUGCUGUAACUAUACUCAGGAAAACUUGAGCAUUGCACUAAAAGAGUAAAAGUAGAAGACAUUGUUGGUGCUGUCGGACAAUAGGCAUAAAUAAGGCUGAGAGAGAAAAGUGAUGUUUAAGAUAAAAGUGAAAGACGCGAGAGUGGGGCUUGACGAUGACUUUUUCUUCUGGUCACUAUGGCUACGCGGUUUGAAAAGUUAAAAUCCAGUUGUAACUAGCCACAAUUUGAUUAGCUGUGAUGGUUUUGGUGCGUAAUUUGUAAUUUACAGAGUCAUGUUAAAGGUGCACGGUGUAACUUUCUGUGCAGAGGGUGUGAAACGUGCUCGUCUCUAUGGAAAUGUUAUUGCUUAAUUGCCUAGAAAGUUUACACUGUGAAAUUUAACUUGUCUAAUUGAGUCGCCACCUUAUCUCCAUGAAAAUAGACAUGUUACAGGUUAGAUCUGUGGAGAGGUGACGCUGUUCGCAGUAAUAACACAUGCUUUCCAAGUUUUUUUUUUGCAAUUGAAUGUUAUGCAAGAUAGGUUUAACGCCACACUGCGAAAUUUUCCUGGCAAAGCAAUAGGUCUGACAUCCAUGGAGCUGAGCAGGUGGCAGACGCAGAAAAGUUACUUAGUACAGCUUUAAAAGUGAUUCUAUUGCUGGACAGGGGGUAGAUCUAACUAAACAUUCUGACAGACAACAUUAAGGGGUUAAAUAAGCAUAAAAUUUAACCAAAACGUGGCUGGAAGUGGCAUCGAAUUCAGCCCAAAUCUUGCAGCGUUUGGUUCGUUGGGUCGUGUUAUCGUCAAGCCCUGUUACCGCGGAUACUGGCCUUAUGGAACCUGUCUUACUGGUAUGACAGUAGUGGGUCCUCUGCAUGAAUGCUUUGUUAUGAAUGAGACGGUAACUAUGGUGAUGCCAGCUGUGAAGUGCGUGUCUUUCUAUGUGACCUGUUCUUUUCUUGGCUUCGGUGAAGGGACAGGGGUCGGCUCUGCACAGACUCCACUAUCAGGGAUGCUAUUUUUUUUUUUUUUUAGUCUUUAGUGGGCCUUCUCAGAGAUGUCAAGUUCACAUCAUUUGUUUCAAUAAUUGUAAAGAAAAUAAAGAUAUGUAAGCUUA